CAUGGGUAACUUGCGUGUUUCCCUCUUACCCACAAACUCCGAGUCGGCGGGGGCACGGGGCCGGAAGAAGCGCUGGAGAUUGCGGCCGGAACAUUGCAUUGGUCUCCUUGGGCCUCCACAUUCAUCGUCCUGACUGGCGGUCCUGGGCAUUGGAAGGAAUCCACUGCACCCCUUCCUCUGCGACGGAUGGAGGCGCCGGGGAAGGUCCCCCGGCUGGUCGUGCGCCCGUUCCGGCCGGGGGACGGCGCCGAGGCCCGGCGGAUCUUCAGUGAGGGGAUGAAAUCCUUGCCGUCGCCGGCCUUCCGACGGGCCCUCCUCUCGCCGGUGGCACCCGCCCUCAUCCUGGCCGGCGGCGGCGCCGUCUACGGGCUGAGCCGCUCGGUUGCGUGGGCCGCCCUGUCGGGGGCCGGGCUGCUGGUCCUCCUGUACCUGGCCUGCUGGAUGAUGUUCGCCAACUACGUGAGGCAGCAGCUCCUGGCAGACAUGGGCGACAUCGAGGGCAGCUACCUGCGGCGGCCGGGGGCCGGCUUUUGGGUGGCCGAAGAGGAGGGGGGCGCGGACGGACUGAAGGGCGUGGUGGCGGUCCGCCCGGUGCCGGCCGAGGACGGCCCCGGCUCCUGCGAGCUGCUGCGCCUGGCCGUGGACGUGCGCUGCCACGGGCGGGGGAUAGGCCGCCGGCUGGUGGAGCAGGUGCUGGAGUUCGGCCGCUGCCAUGGAUACCGGCGCUGCGUCCUCGGCACCAGCACCGCCCAGCAGCCGGCCAUCCGGCUGUACCGACGGCUGGGGUUCCACCUCCAGCGAUACCAGCAGUCCUACCCCCCGCUGGUGGCGUUCCUGACCUGGGUCACCAACGUAUACGUGAUCCAGAUGAUCAAGGACCUGGAAGAGGGGACAGGGGAGGGACGGCGAGUUCCGGAUGAGAAUUAGGCACCCCCUGCUCCUCGCCCCAACAAUGGAUGAAUUUUCUCCAACACAGCUCCACCCCACUCCUUCCCCAUCCCUCUCCUCCUUCCCAUCCCCUUCCCCAUCCUCCUUCCUUCCCACUCCCCUCGCCCCCUCCUCAUCUCCCAUGCCGUCACCCAUCCCCCAAUCCCUCACCCCACCCCAUCCCAUCACCUAUCCUCCAUCCCUGUAACGAGACGAACGGGACUGUACAAAACACUCCCAAGUGUGGUGUAACCAGAGUUUUACAGAGCAGAAACACCAACUUUGAAAGAUCGGUGGACUUUCACCCCAAGAUGCCCGUUCCUCCGUUCUGCUGAGGACCCUAGAUCUGCCCUCAGAUCUGACCUUUAAAUGAAGCACUUCUCGCGGUUCCAGAUUGAACUUUUUAAUUAUUUUACAAGAAAUACGAUUGGAAGGAAGAAAAAAAAACUAUAUUUUGGUGCAAAAUGAUCAAAGUGAUGAAGAUGAUUAGGGUUGGUUGGUUCAAGGAGGUCGCUGUUCCUGGUGAGGUGGGACUUCGGGCUUCUGCACCUCCUGCCCAUUGGAGAGAUGGUGGGGGAUUUUCUGAGAAAGCGCCCGCGGUAGAUACUACCGAUGGUGGGGUCCAGGAGGUUCGGCUUGUCACCGAACACCGUAACAAAUGUUAACAGAGGGACCGCGGUAAGUGUCCUGAUUGGUUGAUUUAAACGCGCUUCAGGGACUGGUGGGCUCUGGUUCCAAGAUACGAACCGGACCGUGAAGCAACCAGUCGGGGCACUGCCUCUGUCGGGCUGUCAGUGUGGUGAGGGGGGGUGGGGUGACGUCCAACCCCUUUGGAGAAGAAAGAUGCCGAAAUGUCUUUCCAGAUGUUGAAGUUGGCUGACCCCCACACGCAUUCACAAUGUAGACUGGUGUGUGAUUCCCCCUCCUGCCCAUUGUUUAAACCUCGUUUAGGUCACCCCUCCCGGCCUCCUUCACUCCAGUCUCACCUCAGCAACUUCAAAUUGCCGGGCGUUAAGAUAAAGACGAACUGUUGGAAGUCCUGAUGACCCCAUGUCUUCCCCCCUGAACCGCACCUCCUCUGUGUACUACGUCGCGCCACCAGCUGACCGACGUGCUGAUGGUUGGUGUGCACUUAGAAUCUGUGGCAAUAAUAAAUCGAUCGUGACGA